GGGGAAAUACAGAUUAGGAAGAAACUACAAUCCUACAUGAAUCACCAGAGUAGUAGAAACGCGAGGCUUAAUACUGGCAAUGUGGUGAGACCUUCAACUCUAUCUAUCAAGAGUGUUAGAGGAUGGUUGGAGAAAAUGUUCUGGAAGAUGACACGUAUUGUAAACUGGUGGAAGACUGUCCUUUUCGUUUGCGUGCUUGCUUUAGCAGUUGAUCCUUUGUUUUUCUUUAUCCCUGUGAUUGAUUCUCAUAAGUUCUGCUUCACUUUGGACAAGAAGCUUGGUGUAGCUGUUUGUGUCCUUCGUACUCUUAUUGACGUAUUCUAUGUGAUUCACAUCAUUUUUCAUUUUAUAACUGAACUCGUUGCUCCUCGUUCUCGAGCGUCAUUAAUAGGCGAGUUAGUUGUGCAUUCUAAGGUUAUAAGGAAAAGACUUUUCUUCUUCUACUUCAGUGUUGACAUUGUCUCUGUUCUUCCCAUUCCCCAGGUGAUGGUUCUUACUCUCCUUUCAAGAAAGCAAAAGACGUCACUGGUGUCCAAGGAGAUACUAAAAUGGGUUAUGUUUUGUCAAUCUUUACCGAGAAGCAUCCGUAUCUAUCCGAUUUUCAGAGAAGUGACAAGAGCUUCUGGUACAGUAGCUCAAACGAAGUGGGUUGGAGCUGCUUUAAACCUUUUCUUUUACUUGUUGCCGACUCAUGUGAUUGGGGCUUUCUGGUACUUGAGUGCAAUUGAAAAGAAAGAGACAUGUUGGCGUGAAGCGUGUGCAAAGAUAACCGAAUGUGACCUAACAAAUCUCUUAUGUGCACGAGGUGCUGGUGGAGACAACAGUGGUUUCCUAAACACUUCAUGCCCAUUAAUUGACCCUGAGCAAAUCACAAAUUCCACAGUUUUUAACUUUGGCAUCUACACUGAUGCAUUGAAAUCUGGGGUGGUAGAGACGAGGGAUUUUCCAAGGAAGCUCUUGUACUGCUUUUGGUGGGGACUGCGAAAUCUUAGUGCCUUGGGCCAAAACCUAGAGACAAGCAACUCUGCAGGGGAGGUCUUUUUUGCUAUCAUCAUUUGUGUCUCUGGUGUACUCUUGUGUGCUGUGCUAAUUGGAAAUGUUCAGAAGUACUUGCAAUCAACUAGUAUAAGAGUAGAUGAAUGGGAGGCGAAGAAAAGAGACACAGAACAAUGGAUGUCUUCUGAGGACCUACCAGACUAUCUAAAGGAACGCAUUAGGAAAUGGGAAUAUGAUGAAUGGGAAAAAAACAGUGGCACCAAAAGGGAAGCUCAUCUUCCUAGUCUUCCAAAAGACCUAAGGGUCGAAGCCAAACGCAUUAUAUACUUGUAUUCAUUGGAGAAUGUUCCUUGGAUCUCCUUCAUUGAUGAUGAUUGGCUACUAAAUGAAAUGUACGAUCGGGUGAAGCCUGUGUUCUACUGGGAAAAAAGCCACAUAUUGGGAAUAGGUGACCCGGUUAAGGAAAUGCUUAUUGUAAUGAGAGGCGAACUGGAAAGCGUGCCAGAAUAUUGUGAAACAUCUAGAUACAGCAAUUUACAAAUUCGACUCAUGAAAGGUGAUGUAUGGGGAAAACUUCUCUUUUGGGCUCUUGAUCCCCAUACUUCUCCUAGCCUUCCCAUCUCAAACAGAAACGUAAUGACUCUUACCUAUGUUAGCGGCUUCACUCUCUCGGCUGAUGAUCUCAAGUUUCUAGCCUACCAUUUGAGACGCUAUCAUAGCGUCAAACUCCAACACAUCAAACACAUUUUCAGAUGCCAUUCAAAGUCUUGGCGAUCAUGGGCAGCAUUCUACAUACAGGCAGCAUGGAAAGCACAUUGCCGAAGGAAGGCUUCUAAGAUAUUACAAGACACACAACGCAAUCUGGGAGCAACACUUUAUGCGUCGAGGUUUGUCUCUAAGACUUUGCGAUAUCGACAGGAUGAUUCAGCGGAAUUUCCCAGCUUUCCAGAGAUGUUACCUGACAAACCAGCCGAUCCCGAGUUCUCAAAGAAGGAAGCAUAGCGUAUCAUUGAAUAAAAUGGCGUACUUCAUCACGAAGACGAAUCAACGCUCUUUAUUGCUCCUAUAAACUUAAAACUGGUCAACCCAAACAUGCUUUUCGCUUCUCUAUUAAUUGUUUUCGCUUACUAUGUGUCUGUAAUUUAGUAAGAAACAAAACUUGCCAGCAAACUACGAAAUGUAAUCUAUCGUUUGUCAGAAACAAAAUUGCGUAGUUUUGUUUUGAGGAUUUUUCUUUGUACGCAUUGAAAGAUCAAAAUCUCAACAAUGAAUUCUUCCUAAUGUGUAACCUCUAAUCCAUUUCUCUCGAUCUCCUUCUUUAUAUGCUACUAGUAUUAUCCCCCCGCUAAGCACCUAUCAAUUUUAAUGUCUUCUUGACUAUUAAAAUAAAUUAUUAUUUUAUUUAUAUAUUUUCUUAGCCUAGGUAAACAUUAAUACAUAAACUUAGAAGUACUGAAACAAUUUCUACGAUGUAGUUUUGAAAAAUAUAUACAACAUACAUGUUUUUGAAAGCUUGUUUCUAUAAACAUAAGAUAUAUGCUAGCACAUAAAAGUAAAUAUUAUAAUACUGCUUUAAAAUAAGAUAUAAUUUUGCAUUUUAAUUAUUUUCUUUAUAAAAUUCCAAAGUUCAAUUUAAUCAAAAAUAAACAUUAGUUUAGUUAAAUAUUCUGGAUUUAGAUAAAAUGGUGACGUAAUAUUAGAAGUGUUGUAUUCAAAUUACAUAUUUAGAAGGGUUAAAACAAUUAUUAUUAUUAUUUUUUAUGAACAUAGAUAAUAAUUUUAUAGAAAAAUUAAAUAUAGUUAAAUUUACUACAUCUAAUCCAUUCAGUUUUAUCUAUAUUUGUUUUUUUAAAUAAGUCUUUAACAAUAUACUUAUAAACAUAUUUAUUUAAACAUAAUAUUAGUAGGAAAAAAAAUUAUGAAAACAUUAAAUUUUUAUUGAAAGUAUAUAUUGAAUAGUUUAAUAUCUUAGAUGCAGGACAAAGAUAAAAGGCCAAGUAAAAAAUACAUUUCUGGAUAUUUUGUUUGAACUUGCAUUUUUAGAUUCUACUCCAUCGUUUUCCUUUUCCUCUGCAGUCAUCAACAACCUGGAACUUCAAUGAUAAGAAAGAAAACAUGUAUAAAAUAGUCAACUUGUAUAUAAUAGAUUCAUAAACAGAUUUGAAAAAAUAGUUGAAUAUGUUUAUUUUUUUUACCGAAAAUAGUUGAAUAUGUUCUGUUAUAAAACAAAAAGAAAAGAUCUGUAAAUAAUAAAUUUGUAUAUAGUAAAUUAAGACAUACUUACUGUUACCUAAAUGCUGACAAAAUUUUGAAUUUUCUUUUUCUUCUUCCUAAUUUGAAAGAAUUAAGUUUUCGAAAUAGGAGAAUACUUAAGUACCAUCUUCAACCUCUCAACCUGAAUCAUGUAGAAAGAAUUAGAGAGCACUAAAAUUGUUAAACUGAGAAGGAAACAAAUAAAUAUGAAUAUGGGCAAGACAUUUGUAUAGAUUUGUUUGCUACACUCGAGCACAAAAUGAAAAAUGAAGAAGAAAGAUGAAAAACAAAAGAUAUAAUGAUAUACCAUGGAUUUCACCCACUUUCAGUCAUGAUAUAUAAGUGUUUUAAGAUAUAAUUAUUAUGUUUUGGAGUCUUUUUAGAGUAUUUACAGGUUCAGGUACGCUCUGGAGAAAUAUUGUGAUUUUGGAGUUUUUUGAAGCCUUUUGAGUGCAGGACUGCACAGAUGCAUCGGAUGUCUAGCUACGGAUGGAGACCUUCCCAUCGUCAGCUGGAGCUCAUAUUUUGACACAAUAUAGAUAUUUGAGUUAGCUUUCCAAUACCACCAGUUUGAGGUCAAUCAGCAUCCUAUAACAGAAGUUAUGCUCGUUUUACUGAAGAGUGGUCAGUUUGCCUCGCGAGAGGAAGCUGUCGAGAAUAUAAACGCGUGUCGAUCGAUGCAGCACUGUGCUUAUCGAUCGACAGGGAUCACAGAAUGUGGUCCGAGCAUGUUUAAAGACCGACUGAAGCCUAGAAGUAACCCCAAGUUACCAGAAUACCCUUGGACGACUGGAGACCCUAUUUAUGUUAUUUCUAAGCCAUUGUUGACGGCUACGCUUUAUUUUACAUCUUUAUUUCAUUGUUCUUAGUUAGGAGAGAAGAGAGGAACUCCUAUCAGAGUCCUCUUGGAACUCCAUUGGUUUUGGUUUUAUUUAUAUUUAUGGUCUUCAUCUAUUCAUCUAUGAUUUCUGUGACAACUAUUAUGCAUGAGUAGAUCCACCUGCUAGGUUUAGGAAUUUCUAGGGUUCUGAAUGAACUUCUCAUUUAUAUGAUUGUUAGG